AUGUCAAGCGAUCAGCAAAUUCACCCCGGUGGAUCCUCAAAUGCGGAGCUCCCCGCCUUGGGGGAACAGCGUGACGAGACCCACGACGAACGCCCCGCAGCGGUAUCAGAACGUUACUGGCGACUGUUCAACGACCCGGGCUUGUCACCCCCUGGUGGCACACCCGCCGACUCCCCGCAGGUGUCGCCCGAGGCCUUUCAUGACCUCGCCCACCAGGUCCGAACUCUGACAAGCAUGGUGCAGACCAUUGUCUCCCAACGAACCCCUCCGCGUGCGGCGAGGCCCUCGCAGCAACAGGAGACUCUCGCCCGGACCCACGCGCCACCCCCAGAACUUCCGGGCUCACCUCGAAACCCCACAACCCGACUGGGGAGCACGGAAGCCGAGGGCACGGUGAUCCGCCCCGAGCCCGAGGCCCCGACUGUUGACUCGACGAACGCCCUACGGGCCCAGCUGCGCCUCGUCAGUCAAAGGUUGGACGAGGUACAACAGGAGGUCCGUAAGUCAAAAGGAGAACUCGGGACGGACGGACACCAAGGAUCUCUGUUCACCCCCAAGAUACAGGAUCAGGCGAUCCCGUCGCACUUCUGCCUCCCUGCCCUGGACGCGUAUGACGGCGCAACCGACCCCGCGGACCAUGUGGCCGCUUUCCGGGCCCGGAUGGCCCUAUUCGGGACUUCAGACGCCCUGAUAUGCCGGGCGUUCCCGACGACCUUGCGAGGACCAACCCGCGCGUGGUACAGCGGCCUGAAGCCAGGGACCAUCGCCUCCUUCGACCAGCUCGCCAAGGAUUUCGAGCUUAACUUCCUGGCGUACUCCCGACCAAAGCCAUCCAUGGCGUUGCUCUUGGGGCUCAACCAGAAGGAGGACGAGCCCCUUUCUCACUUUGUGAACCGGUUUACGACGCAAAUCCGUGGAUUAUCGGAUGCUCACCCCUCUCUCUUGAUGCAGGCCUUCAUGACAGGCCUGCGGCCCUCCAGGUUCUUCUGGUCCCUCGUGGAAAGGCCCCCCGUCGCGGUCCCUGAGAUGCUCCAACGGGCCAGCCAGUUCAUCGCCACAGAAACCUGGAUGGUGGGAAGGCGAGAGGAGCACAGAAAGGUCAAGUCGGAGCCUCCCCGACACCAGCAACCCACCACCUCCCGGCGAAAGUUGGACAGGCCUGACCCAAGGCCUCCUCUUCCCGCCUUGAACUCUUCUCGAACGGAGAUAUUCCUACACGAAAGGGGGAAGGGGCUGCUCAAGGACCCCCACCCGAUGAAGAACCCGCGAGAGCUCGCAGACCACUCGAAGUACUGCCGAUUUCAUCGACAGCACGGGCACGACACGGAGCAGUGUUACGAGCUAAAAAGACAAAUCGAGGAGCUCAUCCUCAGAGGCCAUCUCGGCUAG